AUGCUUAAGAAUCAUGUCGAAAAAAAUAAUUUAGGAUUUAUUGGUAUCGACAAAUGUGAUUGGAUGAAUGAUUUGAAGGAAGUUAGGCAGCAAAUCGAGUCAUCGACAACUUUUAUAUCGGGUAUCGAACUGUUCAUGAAUUGGUCGACCGAAGCAUAUCCACAUAUGUACACUGAAGCAGUAAAAGCCAUUCAAGAUAGAAAACUGACUAAUAUUGACAUUGGCAUUAUUGAUAUAGCAACUCGGGCUGGUUCGGAUAUUUGUGAGACAUUGAAUAUUUCUUGUAUUAUUAACAAUCCAGACAUACUGGCUGCACUUAGGUGGUUUGUUCUUCCGCCAGCCGAUUAUAACCCCGUAAGUUUCCUCAAUAACGAAAUGCGUAUAUUCGGCACUAGUACCUUCAGACGUGCUUUACUACCAGUAAUUCGAAAUUACUUUACGCUCAAAAUUUGGUUUACAUUUGAUUCUCGAUUGAAUGAACUCAGAAAAUCGGUUGGACUAUUGAAACCCCGUAGUUCCCUUACAAGCUAUUCUAGUCGUGUGAUCAUAGUGAAUACAGCAUUUGGUAUUGAAUAUAAUCGACCUCUGCCAUCAAAUGUUCACUUAACUGGGCCAAUGUUCGAUAUGGCUAGACCAAGGGAAGAAUUUCUUAACGAGCUCAGUGCUGAAGAUAGACAAUGGAUAGAAUUCGAUUCUAGACCAGUGAUCUAUGUUAGCACAGGUACUUUGGUAUCGUUCACAAAGGAACAAGUUGACAAAUUAAUGACAAGUCUAGCGUCAGAUAAAUUUCGUGUAAUAUGGAGAAUAGUUGACAAUGCUGUUCGUUCAACAAAUAUUCCAAAAUCAAUUCGCAUAGUUGACUGGCUGUCAUCUACACGUGGUCAUCUAGCUCAUGAAAAUGUCAAAGUGUUUAUUUCACAUUGUGCCGUGAACAGUGCCUACGAAAGUAUUUGGCUCGGCACACCCAUUAUUUGUCUACCAUUUUUUGCAGAUCAACUCGAUGUGGGAAACCAAAUUCAUCAUGCUGGCGUUGGUAUACUGCUGGAUAAAUUUAAAUUUACUUCGGAUCAAUUGACAUCAAGUAUUUAUUCUCUGUUAAAUGAUAGAAAUUAUUCAAUGAAUAUUAAACGUAUUCAAGCUCUGAUCAAACUGCAUGGAGGAGUAGAACGUGCAGUAAACAUAAUUGAAACUGUAGCUGAGUUUGGCUCGGAUAUAUUUAUUUUAUUUGGGUUCUAUUCAUUUAUAUUUCAACAAGAAUAUGCAAAUAUACUUUUUAUCGGUUGA